GGCCGGGCUAGGCAGGCGCGCGCUCGGGGGCGGGCGGGGCAAGUCCCGGUCCCGGCCCUCCGCUCCGAGCGAGCAGGCCGCACGGCAGCCGCUCCAGGGCCACCCCGAGACACUCUCUGUCCCCCCCUCUGCCCCAUCCCCGCCCCCCGGCCCACGGUGCGAGGCUGGGAGCCGCCGCCCGGGCCGGACAGCGCUAUCUCAAAAGGGCGCAAAACAGAAAACGCCAUGGCUCCCAAUAAAGAGGCCAACAGUCUUACUAGCCCCAGUGUCGGGCUCAUCUGCCUCCCUCCAAUCUCUGAGGAACUACAGCUUGUGUGGACCCAAGCAGCCCAGACCAGUGAGCUGGAUGGCAAUGAGCAUUUGCUCCAAACCUUCAGCUACUUUCCCUAUCCCAGUUUAGCAGACAUUGCCCUUCUCUGUCUACGCUAUGGACUGCAGAUGGAGAAAGUCAAGACUUGGUUCAUGGCCCAGCGCCUUCGCUGUGGCAUCAGUUGGUCAUCUGAAGAAAUAGAAGAGACUCGAGCACGGGUAGCCUACCAUCGCGACCAGCUCCAUUUCAAAUCCCUCCUCUCUUUUACUCAUGCAGGGCGGCCUCCAGAGGAGGUGCCUCCUUCCUUGCCACCUCCUGAGCAAGCUGGAAUAGUGCCUGUGGCUCUUAGCAAGACCACACAAAUCAAAGGAUUGAAGGUAGAGCCUGAGGACUGCUCAGAGCCACACAAUCAGCAGAAAUCAACAGAGGCCUUAAUGGCCCCUGCCGGUGGGGCAGCCCCCCACCAAUCAGAACCAUGGCACAAUCUUAAAAGCAGUGGCCUUCCUAAGGAACUGGCUAGCAGGAAUUCCGCCCUACUGCAUAGCCUUAGUCCUGCUUCCUGGAACCACUCCCCAGCUCUCCACCAGCCACAGGCUAGGGAUCAGCCCCAAUCAGACCCCUUGCUUGCCAGUAGUCAGAAGCCAGAGUCCGCAUCCAAAGUGACUCCUCCUGCCUCCACUACCUCUUCUUUCCAGGUACUGGCUAAUGGAGGUGCUGCUACCUCUAAAUCCCAGCAGCCCCCGGGCUGUCUUCCACAACCGUUGUCACCCAAUGAACAGUCACUAUCCUCACCUGUGGAACAAGCAUGGCCCCAAAGACUAAGGCACAGCAGUAACUCAGGCCUAGCAGUAACAGCAGGUAGGGCUGGCCCAGCAAUGUACCCUUCCUCAGAUAUGCAGCGCCAGAGAAAGCCCAAGCGGAAAACCAAAGAGCAGCUGGCUAUCCUCAAAUCAUUUUUUUUACAGUGCCAGUGGGCACGGCGCGAAGAUUACCAUAAAUUAGAACAGAUCACUGGUUUGCCUCGGUCUGAGAUUAUUCAGUGGUUUGGUGAUACGCGCUAUGCACUGAAACAUGGGCAACUUAAAUGGUUUCGGGACAAUGCAGUGCCUGGUGCCACAAGUUUCCAGGACCCAGUCAUUCCUACACAACCACCUUCAGCCCGCCCUUUGAAUGAGUGGACUGACGUACCACCUCUGCCAGUCCCCCCACCCCCACCAGAUAUACGGCCCUUGGAGAGCUACUGGGCAGCCCACCAGCGGCUUCAGGAAAGUGAUAUCCCUCACUUGAGUCAGGCAUCAAGGCUUAGCACCCAACAGGUACUGGACUGGUUUGACUCUCGAUUACACGAACCAGCUGAAGUGGUGGUUUGUUUAGAUGAAGAGGAAGAUGAAGAAGAGGAGGAACUGCCAGAGGAGGAGGAGGAAGAAGAGGAGGAGGAGGAAGAUGAUGAUGAUGAUGAUGUGAUCAUAGAGGACUGAGUGGGGACAGAAAGGGAGGUGGAGGGAUGCUACUAAAAGAUGAUCCAGUUUAGUAACUGUUUAAACAAACCAUA